CAGUGCUAUCGUGAUACAGGAAGAGGUAGUACUUCACAAGUUCUGACGCUCUUAGCCAACAAGAUGGCAUGCAGUGAAAUGCACAAAUCCAGUCUUGAAGAUUCCUGUGGCGAGUAUGAAAUGUCGAGCUGUGCAGCCGCUAUGGAGAAGGAGUCCUACCUGAGUCCCACAGAGAACCCCUCCACCCUUAGUGUGUCAUCCAACCUUCAACCAGACCAGCAGGGCUAUGAUGUCGACUUUGACCCCCCACUGGAAAACAAGUAUGAGUGUCCCAUUUGCCUGUUGGGUCUUAGGUCAGCUGUGCAGACACCCUGUGGCCAUCGAUUCUGUAAUAGCUGUAUUAAAAAAUCCAUUAGGGACACAGGGCAGAAAUGUCCAGUUGACAAUGAAGUGCUCACAGAAGACCAGCUUUUCCCAGAUAAUUUUGCCAAGCGGGAAAUCCUGUCUCUCAUUGUACGCUGCCGUAACACUGGCUGUAAUGAGAAAAUGGAACUUAGGCACUUGGAGAGUCACUUGCACCUCUGUAAGUUUGCCACAUUGCCAUGUGAUCAGUGCCAGGAAUCUGUGCGGAAGAGUGAGCUGGAAAACCACAAAGCUCAGGAUUGUUUACGACGCCUGGUGACUUGCCCAGACUGUGCAGAGAUGAUCGCCUAUGCUGACAAACAGUUUCAUGAGCAAAUGUGUCCCUUUGCAAAUACAAUAUGUGACUACUGUAACAUGGAGCUCAUUCGGGAUCAGUUGGCAUCACACUGUGACACAGACUGUCUGAAAGCUCCUGUUGCCUGUACUUUCAGUAUGUUUGGUUGUAGGGAAAAGAUGGCAAGGAGUGACCUGGCCCUUCACAUGCAGCAGUUCACACAGAUGCACAUGCGCUGCAUGGCUGAUUUCCUGCGCAACCAGAUCCUUAACGGCUGUCUGCUCACAGUGCCCGCGCCGACGUCCUCUCCAGCCGAAGAGCGUGGUGCUUCUGGCCGGCCGGGCGAGCCGUGCCAGUGCGGUCAGCAGCUGCAGCAGAUGCGGGAGACAGUACUGGAGCUGGAGGGCCGCUUGGUACGUCAGGACCACCAGUUGCGGGAGCUAAGCAUCCGCAAUGAGACACAGCAAUCCCAGCUAGCGGAGUUCCGCAAGAAGCUGGCCUCGCUGGAGGAGUCCACGCACGAGCUGGAGGCGCAGCAGUACCAGGGCGUCUACGUGUGGCGCCUGGACAACUUCUCAACCCACCUCCGCAACCAGGAGUUGGGACACCCCGUGGUGCUCCACAGCCCGCCGUUCUACACAGGCCGGCCGGGCUACAAACUCUGCCUGCGGCUGCACCUUCAGACACCCAGCGCGCCCCGCUGUUCCAACUACAUUUCACUGUUUGUGCACACCAUGCAGGGGGAGUUUGAUAGCCAGCUCUCCUGGCCCCUCCAGGGUACCAUCCGGCUGGCCGUGCUGGACCAGGAGGAGGGGCAGCACCACAUCGAGGUGAUGGAGACUAAGCCGGACCUCCAGGCCUUCCAGAGGCCCACUGUGCAGCGCAAUCCCAAAGGCUUCGGCUAUGUCACCUUCAUGCCGCUGCAGGCCCUGCGGCAGAGGAGCUUUGUCAAAGACGAUGUGCUGCUGGUACGCUGUGAGGUCACACCGCGUUUUGACACGAGCCUCAGGAGAGAGGGAGUGCAACCUCGAGGCUCCGAGCCAUCGCUCUGAGCGCAUCUGAGCCACUCCACUUUAUUUUCUACAAGUUCUCAUAAACACGCUGUUUAUAUAAAGAUUCAGGCAGAUGUUUAAAGUAAUUUUAUUUUUAUGUCAGUGUGUUGUUCCUCAAGAGACUAUUUUGAAUAUGUACACAAGAUAUAACAGUAAUAGUUUUAAACCCCUGCACAUAGUUAAGUAUUCCUUCAUAAAUUAUGGCAGUUUAGCUGUAUAUACUGCUAAACAGGUAAUUACAUUCUGAACUAUUAAGCAGGUCAUGCUGAUGGCACUGGAAUUGUUGGCUUGUUGGUUGCCAAGAUGCAGGUACUGUCUUUCUGAUCAGAGAACUUAAAGUAGAGUAGUACUCAGCUAGGACUUGGGAGCCAUAGUGUUAAAGGGCUUCAUAGUAGUUCUUUAUGAACCUUUAUAAUCAUGACAAUGAACGUAACAUAGGUCACACAACAAUCCAUCUUGGGCUAUUUUCAGUGGGAAUGGCCUACCCAAGGCAAGUUUCAACCAUCACAAUAUAGCCAGCAUGUCAGUAACGCUCCUACAUGCAUCAACAAGAGGCACCCCAACCUUUCUUGCUCAAAUAUUUUCAAAAGCAGCAGACUAGAGGCAUCCAGAGAAGAACCUGUAGUUUCAAUAUUUUUGGUAUGUAUUGAUGUCUUGUGAUUCACUCCAAUUUACUUCACAUUGAGUCCAGUUUACAGAGAACAGAAAGCUAAUUCAGGACCUUAACAAUUCUUUCAUGCUCUUCAUUUUUUAUGCUAUGGUGUUCAAAUUAAGUACAAUGCCAAAUGUCUUAUCUGAAAUCUGUGAAGUGCAUCUUGAGGUGUGUGGCACGAUGAAAGGAGAUGGUGAAAACCACUGUGGCCUAAAUACCCUUACUAAAGUUGUAGUACAUUAGAUACAUUUCGUAACACCCUUGCUUUUUGUUCCUUGUCCUUUUGUUCAGAUUUUAUGUAAAGGCAUUUUCUUUGAAAAAAAAAAAAUGCUAUGUGCUACUGUAUCUGAAUAAUCUAGAGGAGAAAGUGUAAUGGCCUUCACAAGGUUUUAAGAGCAUUUUAUUCUAUUUUCACAUUGAAUCACAGUUUCUAGUUAGAAAUCAGUUGAUGCCAAAAAAUAAUAAAAUGCAGAAUACACUUUAAAUUUUUAAUGAACCCAUGAGAUGAACCAUGCCAAACGUGGCUAUUAACAAUUAAAGCUUUUUAAAAUGACCUUUUUUAUAUAAUGUGCCUAUAGUGACGAAAGAUCAUUGUAUAGCAGUGCUAAUGUGGGUCGUCUACUGACUAAAUACAUGCCGUAAAAUUCACUGACUAAUUUUAUCUGUUUUCUCUGAUUAUCAGCUGUGUGUAAAACCAAUAAACAUUUUAAUAUAUAAAAAUUAAGAAAAGUACAAGAUUUAUCCUUUCUUAUAUUAAUUCGUUAAUUUUCAGAGGGU